AUGCUUAAGUUCAUCAACCAAAAAGGGCCACUGAUAGAAGGCAUCUUCAGAAAAUCAGCUAGUAUAAAAUUAUGCAGAGCCCUAAAGGAGGAGCUGAACUCUGGGGACAAAGUGAACCUGGAGGAUGAGUCUGUUCCUGUGGUGGCAUCCGUCAUAAAGGAUUUUCUUCGAAAUAUCCAAGAAAGUAUAUUUUCAGCCAGUCUCUACGAUAAAUGGCUCGGUGUUCUUGAUCAAGGGAAUGAGGAGGAAAAAAUAACUGCAUCCCAGAGGCUCUUAGAUCAGCUGCCAAGAGUCAACACUGUUCUCCUGCAAUACCUUUUUGGAGUGCUACACAACACUGAGCAACAUUCCUCAUCCAAUCAGAUGACAGCUUACAAUUUAUCACUGUGUAUAGCCCCAAGCCUUUUUUGUCCACCUAAUGCCAACAGCUCAGAAUUAGAAAAGGACCUCAAAACAAUUGCCUUUGUACAAUUUUUCCUGGAAAACUGCCUGCAGCUAUGGGGAGAAGUUAGCUGUGAUUAUCUAGUGUCCCUUUUGGGAGAGAGCUCAAUAAUUUCUGAUGAAGGUACUUCAGAGCUGCAGAGCUUCCCAGGAGCUGCAGCUAUCCAAGGCGUCCAGUCCCCAGCCGGGAAGCAGGAUGCAGCCCCAGGUGCAGGCCUCGCCCUGUCUGUGUCUGAACUCUCCUUGAGCCUGGACAAGACCUUGCUGAGCACAGAGCUAGGAGACACCGUGUCAUGA